AUGACCCAAUUCUACGGAGCCACUGACAACUCGGCCUUCACUUACCGUCCACGAGCACAAAGAGCAGCCGGCUGUAAUAUUGGUGCCUUUGACACCAUCAUUGACAUCUUAACCCAAUCCUCUUCUUUUUCUCGAACUUCUUCUGGUGGACGCUGGGGAGGCACUCUCAGUGCAUUGUGCAUGUGCUUUUGUGACACAAGUCACCAAGAUCAAUCCUCUAACUCCGCUCAAGAAUUUAAGGAUUCGUCCGAGAAUAGACGACUUUUGAGUGUGUCUAGCACUGGUACUACUCUCCACUUCGAGCAACCAGAGUGGGCUCGGAAACACAACACACCAACCUAUGCACCCUUCAACGGACCUGCUCCCUAUGAUGCCCCUACUUCUCUUUGUACCGCUACUACCCGUACUCCUUGUACUGCUACUGCUACUGCUACUGCUACUGCUACUGCUACUGCUACUGCUACUGCUACUGCUACUGCUACUGCUACUGCUACUGCUACUGCUACUGCUACUGCUACUGCUACUGCUACUGCUACUGCUACUGAUACUGCUACUGCUACUGCUACUGAUACUGCUACUACUAAUCCAAUUGAUAGUGUUACUACUAAUGCAAUUGAUACUAUUAACGCUGGCGCUGCUGACCCUGCUACACCUCCUCCUCUUGGUAUUGAGAAAAACGUACCUGUGUUUUCUCGUAGGUGUGUCUCCUUGAAUGCCUGUUGUAAGCGCCGAUACCUCACAUUCUCAAAAAGGAGAGGGGUUUCUCUCGCUGCUGGCGUUAACCCUUCUACUGCCGGUAAUGUGGCAUGUGAUGAGACGUUUGAAAGCUCUCUGUCAGAUCCCUCAAGCUACUUUUCGGAGAAACCCAUACACGUUCCAUAUCACUAUGGAGCUGAUAUGCGUUUCAACAACUCGGCUUCAAGUGUAGACUAUGAUUCUCUAUACACGGAGCAAAUUCCAUUGAGAAGAGUCCGCAAAAGUCGCCUUUCCCGUUCUAAAAUUCGACAGAUCGCUUCUCACCCUCUCCCUGACUUCUUGGAUGAGUUAGCUGUCACAAAUAAAACCGGUGUUUGGCUGAUCUUAAUAUCAGCGCAAGACAGCGACACUGAUGAAAGAUCUGCCCCUUCAUCGACUGACGUCUUAGAUAUCUGGGAUGACACAAACAUUUCACAGUACUCAAAGGUGAGACAAACCACUUAUACUGAAACCAGCACUGGGGCAACUUGCGCAUAUUGCCAAGUUCUAAGCACAAAUCAAGGUCCCCAUCCAGAAAAGAGUAGAUUCUUCUAA